AUGCCAUCCAUCAACCUAGAUGAUUUAACAACCAAUAAUUUGGGGGUUUUCAAGAAAAUUUUUGGUGUAACCUUACCUAUAGAAUACAGUGAAGACUGGUACGCUAAUUCUUUUGAUUCAGAUCAAAUUGUUAAGUUAGCAUUCUAUUCUGAAUUACCAGUGGGUGCUAUGAAAGCUAAAUUAUUAAAUAUUGAAUCAUUCCAAGGUAAUUUCGACAAUUUCAAUACUUCUAAGCUUGUAAGCAAGUCAAUACCCAAUGCAGUAUAUUUAGAAACCUUAUCAGUUUUAGAAAGCUACAGAAAUCUUGGAAUUGGAGAAAAGUUAUUGAAUUACUUGAUUGAAGAAACUACUAAAAGGUUUGUCCAUGAAAUUAUAAUACAUGUUCACGUUGAGAACACCAAAGCUAUUGAUUGGUACAAAAAACAUGGUUUUGUAGAGAAAGAGUUACUCAAAGACUACUAUAAAUCGAAGGGCUUGACUAAUCCUGAUGCAUACAUCCUUUCAUUAAAAGUUUAG